AGACAGACAAUACAUGUACUGAUUCCUCGAGGAUACUCUUAACGUAAGUGUGGCAGUACACAGACGAUACAUGUACUGAUUCCUCGAGGAUACUCUAACAAUUUUUCGGGUAUCUGUGGGGCGCUGAUGAUAGCAGGCGGACUGUUUGGGGCCGUCAUUUCUGGUAUCUAUGUGGACAAGACCAAGCGGUUUGAGGAGGUCGUCAAGGUGUCGUUUGCGAUGGCCAUUGUGUUUGCUGUUGGUUUUAUGGAGGUUUCCCGCUUGAGAGACCAGGAAGCGUUGAUAGCAGCCUCUAUCUGUGUAUUCGGGAUGUUUGGGUUUGCCCUGUACCCUAUAAGUCUUGAAAUGGCUGUAGAGAUCACGUAUCCUGUCGCCGAGGCAACAAGUUCUGGUCUUCUGGUUGUGUCUGGACAAGUACAGGGAAUCAUUAUGAUACUGGUGGCCCAGGUAUUAGCCCAGCCCCUCCCUGCCACAGAAAUGCAGUAUUCACGCUGUGUAGUGGGUUGUGGCGCGGACGCUGCCGAUGGAUUUACUCCUCAGGACUGGACAGAUCCAAUUAUUUUUAUGUUAUGUUACGGGACCCUGGCUGGUGUGAUAGGAAUCAUUUUUCUGAGGGGCGACUACAAACGCCUCAAGGCUGAACAGAAGAUCAUGGCUGGCAAAAUACUACAGAGUUCUACCACAGUCCCGACGUGAUCUGUACCCAGGAAUGUGUGAUAUGCUUCGCGCAACAGGAGUGUGGAUGGGAGUCGGUUAUGUUCAGAUGUACAUUGGUACACUAGAUGUCUUGUAGAAAUUAUGUAAUUUUAUUUUUGAACUUUACAUGAAUCCAUAAAAUUUAGUUUGGAAAAUAAUUUCAUUUUCUACCGGACAAAAGGAAUUGCAAAAUGUAGAGGAAAACAUUUAAAAUGGACCCCAGGGGAUCACAGAAAUCACUGUAUUUAACUACGGUAAACAUAUUUAUUUGACACUCUGAGGGGAUAGUUAUCUACAGUAAUAGUAGAAAAUAAAAGAG